AUGGCAGAGGAACAAUCAAAAACCAGUGUAAGGAUAGGCGGUCUAGCAUGCGCCAUCUCAUGCCGUCGAGCGAACCCACCUCUCCAGGUCACCGUUCUCGAGCGCACGCCGGAAAUCCUCACCAUCGGUGCCGGGAUCCACAUUCCUCCUAACGCGUGCCGGGUGCUAGCCCGUUACGGACUCCUCGAGAAGCUCAAGCAAGCCGGCGGAUACGAGGUAGACAGUUUCACGUUGAGGAGGUAUGAGGAUGGCAAGAUCCUCGUCGAAAAGCCCCUCAAGGGUAGAAUGGAGACAGAGUACGGCGCACAGUGGAUGGGCGACUAUCAAAGCGCACUGCUCAAAGAGGCGCUGGACUUGGGGUCAGUCGUUUUAACAAGCGCAGACGUCACCAGCGUCAACCUCGCCCCGGACGGGCCUCAGAAGUUAUUUCUAAAAGAUGGGAGGAAGAUCAGCGCGGAUGUAAUCAUAGGGGCGGAUGGGUUAUGGUCGAUGAGCAGGGAAAUCGUUUUAGGACGACCAUUUCCGCCAACCGAAACCGGGGAUCUUGCAUAUCGCGGCACUUUCGCGCUCGAUCAGCUCAAGGGGCUCCAUAACGAGCGCAUAGACAAGUUGUUGGAGCAGUCAAAUAUCCAGGUAUGGCUAGGUCCGGGAAGACAUGCUGUCUUCUAUCCUCUGAGGAACCAUACGGAGUACAACCUCGUGUUGAUAGCGGCAGACGAUCUACCUAGUGGGGUGCGUACCUCUCAAGGCAGCGUGCAGGAGAUGGCGGCGAAUUUCGAAGGAUGGGAUCCAAUUCUCACCGAAGUUAUUUCAUGUCUAAGGACGGCACUGAAAUGGAAGCUUCUUCACUUUAAGGAGCUCGACCAAUGGACCAAGGGCACACUCGCUCUGUUAGGAGAUGCAUCUCACCCCACGCUACCAUACCAGGGCCAAGGAGCCGCAAUGGCCGUCGAAGACGGCGCUGUCAUCGGCCUGCUCCUGGAGAAGUUCCAGAACGCCGGCAUUCCAUCCGGUCAAGUGGAAAAGAAUAAGAAAUUAGCGAGCCUCUUCCGUCUAUACGAAGAUCUUCGCAAAGAGCGGACGAAAGUCAACGUAGCUGGCGCGGUGCAUACUCGCCAUUAUUAUCACUUGGCCGACGGCCCGGAGCAAGAAGCACGUGACGAAGAGUUGGCAGCGCUGCCUGGUACGGAGUGGAAAAGCCGGUGUUCGUUCAAUUGGGGCGAUGCUGAGUACCAGAAGAGUCUGUUAGGGGUUGAUAUUCUUGCUGGUACGGAAAGAAGGUGUGAUGAGUGGUUGGGGACACAUGAUGUUGCUUUUUAAGUGAAUUCCAAACCCCUAGGGCUUUAACGGACCUAUUAUGUAUCAACUCUGGGGAACAUCCAGCCUUAGUUGAUGCUUAUCUGAAGCUUACCAUACCAUCGGCAGGGGUAUGGAAUCCCGGGAAUGGAUCCACCCGCAAGGCUAGUUUGAGCCGUUUAAGGCGUAGAUAUCCGCAACUAGGUCGUUUCUGCUUUAGCGG